AUGAUUAACGCCGUUCUUGUCUUCAACAACGCUGGGCAGCCGAGGCUGACGAAGUUCUACACCCAACUGGAAACAAGUGUACAACAGAGGCUGAUCUCCGAAAUAUUCACGCUGGUCUCAAAUCGCUCGCCUGGGUCCUGCAACUUUCUGCCACUGCCACCCCUCCUCUCCUCUCAGUCCACUCCGUCUCAUGCGGCUUCCACAACACCAUCAAAUGACGUGCCGUCACUCGUAACAUACCGGCACUAUGCGACACUCUAUUUUAUCAUUAUAUCCACAUCGACCGAGUCGCCUUUAGCACUAAUCGACCUUAUCCAGGUUUAUGUCGAGGCUUUGGACAGGCUAUUUGAGAACGUCUGCGAGCUAGAUCUUAUCUUCAACUUCGAAACUCUACACGCAACACUGAGCGAGAUUAUCGUCGGGGGGGUAGUGGUGGAAACGGGGCUGGAUAAGGUCGUCGAAGGGGUGAGGAGUCAAGGGAAGAUCCCAAGGCGGCCGGUAAAUGAAGGUGGCCUGGGAGGCGGGUUCUCGUCAUGGACAGGCAGGUGA